AUGGCACCAACCACAUUACCCGAGGACAGGCUGACGUCCGGCCACCGGCUCUCUCAUCCGGCGCCCGGUGAUGAGGUCUACAUCACCGGUAUAUCCGGCUACUUCCCGGACUCUGACUCAGUCAUGGACCUGCAGGAGAACUUAUUCAAUAAGGUGGACUUGAUAUCGGGAGACGACAGACGCUGGAAGCUGGCCCAUCCAGAAAUCCCGCAAAGAACAGGCAAAAUCAACAACGUCAACAAAUUCGAUGCAUCCUUUUUCGGUGUACAUUAUAAACAAGCUCACACCAUGGAUCCUAUGUGCAGAAUUUUGCUGGAGAAAGCAUACGAAGCUGUUGUUGAUGCUGGAUUGAAUCCCAAAGAGUUGCGCGACACGAAAACUGGCGUGUUCGUCGGUGCAUGUUUCUCCGAAUCAGAGAAAACAUGGUUCUACGAGAAAAUGCAAGUUAACGGAUUUGGUAUCACAGGCUGUUCCCGCGCUAUGCUUGCAAAUAGAAUCUCCUACUGGCUUGGCGUAACCGGCCCGUCUUAUACCGUCGAUUCAGCUUGCUCGAGCUCUUUAUACGCUAUAGAACAUGCGUUCAGAGCGAUCCGUGAUGGUCACUGUGAUGCUGCCAUCGUAGGAGGGUCUAAUUUGUGUUUGCACCCUUAUGUGUCACUGCAGUUCUCGAGAUUGGGAGUGUUGUCUCCGGACGGAAGGUGUAAAAGUUUCGACAUCAGCGCUAAUGGUUACGCCCGCGCAGAGGCCGUUGCUGUGUGCUUCUUACAAAAAGCCAAAGAUUCUAGGAGAGUAUACGCACAGCUUCUCCAUGCUAAGACUAAUUGCGAUGGAUAUAAAGAACAAGGCAUCACAUAUCCUGCUGGUCACAUCCAAAAGCUUUUAUUACGGGAGUUCUAUGAAGAAUGCUCCAUACCACCAUCCUCCUUGGAGUUCAUUGAAGCUCACGGAACAGGCACUCGUGUGGGAGACCCUGAGGAAUUGGUGGCGAUCGAUGAAAUCUUCUGCACUGGUCGCUCGGAACCAUUACAGAUUGGAUCCGUCAAGUCAAACCUGGGACAUACAGAGCCGGCAUCUGGAUUGUGUUCUAUUGCUAAGAUGUGUAUAGCGUAUGGCACAGGUCUGAUUCCUCCUAACUUAAACUAUUCAAAACCAAGAGAUGGUGUAGCAGCUCUCGCAGAAGGACGUCUCCAGGUUGUCACAGAGAAGACUCCUUGGAAUAAAGGCAUGAGUGGCAUCAACAGCUUUGGUUUUGGGGGUGCCAAUGCUCACGUGCUACUGAAGAAUGUAGCAAGAAAGAAAGUCAAUCAUGGCAUCCCAACUGACGAUCUACCACGUUUGGUCUGUGCUUCAGGCCGCACAGAAUCAGCAGUUGCCAAGAUCUUAGAUGACCUGGAAUCAAGACCAGUGGACGCAGAACUAAUCAGACUUUAUCACGCAAUACAUGACGAGGAUAUUAUUGGUCAUGUGGUUAGAGGCUACACUCUACUUGAAUCAACACCAACGAAGGCAGUAUCUCUUGCCCGUGAGAUGCAAUACUUUUCUGGAGUAAAGAGACCAGUGUGGUUUGUAUAUUCCGGCAUGGGUUCACAGUGGGCUGGUAUGGCAACACAGCUUAUGAGAAUACCCGUUUUUGCUGCUGCCAUAGAAAGAUGCGAUAAAGCCCUCAAGCCCAAAGGCAUCAAUCUUACCAAGAUUCUAACGGACCCGGAUCCCAAGAUUUAUGACAACAUCCUCAAUUCCUUCAUCGGCAUUGCUGCAGUUCAGAUCGGUCUUACCGAUGUCUUGAAGACCGUUGGUAUUGAACCGGACUAUAUUAUUGGUCACAGCGUUGGUGAGCUUGGAUGCGCAUAUGCCGAUGGUUGCUUCACUGCCGAACAAAUGAUACUGGCUGCUUAUAGUCGAGGUCUCGCUUCCAUUGAAACACCAUUCAUUAAGGGAUCCAUGGCCGCUGUAGGUCUCGGCUAUUCUCAGAUAAAAACCAUGUGUCCUCCGGAAAUCGAGGUAGCCUGUCGCAAUGGACCCGAUUCUAGUACCAUUUCUGGCCCUGCGGAUAUUAUGAAGAGUUUCGUAGCGAAACUUUCAGCUCAAGGAAUUUUUGCCAAGGAAGUGCCUUGCUCGAAUAUUGCUUAUCACUCACGCUACAUCGCUGAAGCUGGUCCUAGACUACUAAAAUACCUGAAGGAAGUUAUACCAACUCCCAAGAAGCGUACAGAGCGAUGGAUGUGUACAUCUUUACCUCAAGCGCAGUGGAAAGAUGUCAAGGCCGAAUACUCUUCGGCUGAAUAUCAUACAAAUAACCUUCUAAGUCCAGUGUUAUUCGAAGAGACAUCCCGCUUGAUUCAUCACAACGCUAUCACGAUAGAGAUUGCACCGCAUGGUCUACUGCAGGCGAUCUUACGUCGCUCAUUGAAGAAAGACGUCGUCAACAUUCCUCUUACCCAGAGAAAUCACAAAGACAAUGUGCAGGUCCUCUUCAAUGCUCUGGGAAAAUUGUACGAAUCAGGAUUGAACCCGCAUUUGGCGAACAUAUACCCGCAUGUGCAGUACCCAGUGUCCAGCGAGACGCCUAUGAUUGCACAUCUAGUGGAAUGGGAGCAUAGUGAGGAUUGGUAUGUAACAUCUUACAGAGCUCAAGAGAAGAUGAAAUCUGGCGAGAGGACAGUGAGAAUGUCCAUCGUCGAUGAAGACAGCGAAUACAUGGCUGGACACGUGGUAGACGGACGAAAUCUUUACCCUGCAACCGGAUACCUAGUCUUGGUAUGGGAAACCUUGGGUAUGAUGAUGGGUGAGCUGUACACCGAAGUAUCCGUGGUGUUUGAGAACGUUCGCUUCCAGAGGGCCACCAACAUACCCAAGGAUGGGAAUUUGGAAUUCAUUGUCAUGAUUCAGAAAGGAAGCGGAAACUUUGAAAUCGUAGAGAGUGGGGCAUCCAUUGUCACUGGUCGCAUUUAUGCAAAGAAAAAUGUCGGCCUAGAUUAUCGCGUACUGCCACCAGUGCCCGAAGCUACAGGACCCGAUGUUAAACAUAUGCUCACCAAAGACUUCUACAAGGAACUUAGACUAAGAGGAUAUCAGUAUAAUGGUCUCUUCCGUGGUGUGAUUGGUUGCAACGUUGAAGGAACACGAGGUCGGCUUGCGUGGGUCAACAAUUGGGUCACUUUCAUGGACUGUAUGCUACAGCUCAAGAUCAUUGGCCAAGACACUAGAGGACUGUUUGUCCCCACUAGAAUAGAGAAACUGUCAAUUGAUGCUAAUAUGCAUUAUAAUGCUAUUUCAAAUAUGUGUGCUGACUCUAGCAAACAUUCCUUCGAAGUCCGCGUCUAUCCGGACGUGGAUGUUAUUCGAGCCGGAGGCGUUGAGGUCCGUGGUCUACAUGCUACUCCUAUAUCGAAGAGGAAUCCACUCGGUGUACCAGUACUUGAAAAGAAUGUUUUCGUACCUAACUUUGGAAACAGCAAAAUGAAGAUAGAAGAUAUCCUGCGAGCAGACCUACAACUUGUCUUGGAGAACAUUCAAACCUUCAAAGUGAAAAGCAUUGAGUACGUAGACGAGGAAUACAAAACAAACGGCCUAGAACCAAUCAUGGAAACUGUGGCAGAAGUGUUGGAAGACAUGCCGCUGAUGCAAGCAGAGCUGUUAGUGAUCUCAGAGGAAACAAUUGAAAACCUGCCUUCUAAUAUCACAGUUGAAAACAAAAAGCUAUCGGGAGAAUCGAAUGCCGUAGUCUUUAUUGGAGCUAACCUUCUGAAAAGAGUUGAGGUUCUACAACAAGGGAUAACAACGCUACGUGAUAAAUGCUUUAUUAUAAGUAGAGAAAAAGAUCGUCCUGACCCUAAGCGUUACUCCGAUAAAUAUGAUAUGGUUUCUAUUCAUGACACCGGCGUUGAAUACAUAGUUCUUUUGAGAAAACGAGUUGGAGCGAGGCCUGCUAAAUUUGUCAAGAUUGUCACUAAUGACCUCUCCUUUUCAUGGAUUGAAAAAGUCAAAGAAGAGCUUAAAGAAGGUCAGAAGGUUGUUCUUUACACUGAAAAUGAGCACAUCAAUGGUUUGUUAGGUCUUGUGAACUGUUUGCGUCGAGAACCUGGCGGUGAAGUUGUGUACGCUAUGCUUAUUGCUGAUCCUUCAGCACCACCUUUCAAUCCUGAUGUAGAAAUGUAUGAGGAACAAUUAGAUAAAGAUUUGGCCAUCAACAUAUUCCAAGAUGGUCAAUGGGGAACUUAUCGUCAUCUUCUACUUGGCGACUUGGAUACAGUUCAAGCCAAUCAUGCUUACGUUAACACCAUCACUAUUGGUGACCUUUCAUCUCUAAGGUGGCUCGAAGGACCAAUCAGGCCGAAUCAAGUCUUCAAGAAUCCAGAGAGUGUGUUCCUUAGCGCAUAUUGUGCCGCCUUGAACUUCCGUGACGUGAUGACGGCAACAGGCCGCGUGACUGUGGAUGCGGUGGCUCGCGGCAGACUUGCUCAAGAAUGCGUGCAAGGGUUCGAAGUAGUUGGAAGAACACCCAAUGGUUCCCGAGUAAUGGCGAUGGUUCGUAACAAAGGACUAGCUAACGUAGUGGAAGGCGAUAAGGCUCUCAUGUGGUGCAUUCCCGACGAAUGGAGUUUUGAGGAAGCAGCCACAGUACCCGUUGCUUACGGCACCGUCUACUAUGCAAUGGUGAUGGUAGGACAAGUGCAGCGCGGUGAGUCUAUACUGAUCCACGCCGGGUCCGGAGGUGUGGGUCAGGCCGCCAUCAAUGUAGCACUACACUAUGGCUGCGAGGUGUUCACUACUGUUGGUACUGCUGAGAAGAGAGCGUUCAUCAAGAAACUUUUCCCUCAAUUAAAAGAUAGUAAUAUUGGAAAUUCGCGUGAUACAUCAUUUGAAGACAUGAUAAGACGUGAGACUAAAGGCAAAGGCGUAGAUUUGGUACUCAACUCGCUCUCCGAUGAAAAGUUACACGCAUCAGUACGCUGCCUUUCCUAUCGCGGACGAUUCUUGGAAAUCGGCAAAUUCGACAUCAGCAACAACACACCCAUCGGCAUGUACUUCUUCCUCAAGGAGACCUCCUUCCACGGAAUCAUGUUGGACUACAUCUUCGAUCAAAGUUUCGACUUCAGACAGAGACUCCAAAACCUUCUUCUGUCUGGCAUCGAGAGUGGUGCCGUGCGUCCUCUAACCUAUUGUACGUUUGAGAAGAACCAAGUGGAGACUGCAUUCCGAUACAUGGCUGCUGGAAAACACAUCGGCAAGGUCAUCAUCAAGAUACGAGAUGAAGAACGCAGUUAUAAAAUAAUACCUGUAUUAAUUCCAAGAUACACAUGCAAUGAAGAGUUCGUGUACGUGAUAGUGGGAGGUCUCGGAGGUUUCGGUCUAGAGCUCGCUGAUUGGUUGAUCCUUAGAGGCGCUAGGAAGGUACUGCUCACCUCCCGCAGGGGAAUCACCAACGGAUACCAAUCUAGCAGACUCAGAGCUUGGGCUGGCUAUUGCGCUGACGUCAGAAUCUCCACGCAUGAUAUUACUACGGAAAGCGGCUGCGAGGAAAUGAUUUUGAUGGCCAAAUCUAUGGGACACGUCGAUGCCAUUUUUAAUCUCGCCGUCAUUCUGAAAGAUUCUGUCUUCCAAAACCAGACUGCAGACACUUUCAAGACUUCUUUCGGUCCAAAGGCUCUUGCUACUAUGCACUUGGAUAAAUUCUCCAAGAAACAUUGCCCGGGGUUGAGGAACUUCGUAGUCUUCUCCUCCGUCUCCUGCGGGCGUGGUAAUGCCGGACAGACCAAUUAUGGGUUCUCGAACUCUGUGAUGGAGCGAAUCUGUGAAUGGAGGAAGAAGCUCGGCUUCCCGGCUCUGGCUGUUCAAUGGGGUGCUGUCGGUGACGUCGGUCUUGUCGCUGAUAUGCAAGAAGAGGACGUUCAACUCGAGAUCGGUGGUACUCUUCAGCAGAGAAUCUCAUCCUGUUUAUUAGCCCUCGACAAAUUCCUAAAGCAAGAUGCGCCUGUCGUAUCAUCUGUAGUUGUCGCUGAGAAGAAAGCUGGUGGAUCUGGUUGUGGAAAUAUUGUAGACGCUGUAGCUCAAAUUAUGGGUAUCAAGGACCUGAAGACUGUAUCCCAGCAGGUAUCACUCGCCGAAUUGGGCAUGGACAGUAUGAUGGCAGUGGAGAUCAAACAGACUCUGGAACGCGAGUUCGAAAUAUUCCUUACUGCACAGGACAUUAGAACACUUACAUUUGCAAGGUUGGUAGAGUUAACUGCUCAAAGAGAAGCGGCUGCAUCAACAUCAGCACCACGAGCGGCAUCAAGUGAUGGUACUGCUGGAUUGCGCGUACUCAUGCGUAACUUUGGUGAUGAAAAUAUUAUCUCUGAGCCACUAAUAUACAUGCCCACCAUGGUCAGCGACGGCGUAGAGGGUGAAGAGGCGAUCCACGUGAUGAAGAAUGUAAUGUUCGUACUGCCAGGAUUGGAAGGUGCGGCGUCCGUGAUGGAGCCACUUUGUAGACGACUCAAGAUAAAAGUGUGUGCCCUACAGUUGGGCGUAGAACACAAGAACGAAACACUGCAACAAAUGGUUGAUAGAUUACACCAGACGGUGCGUUCCCGGCUUGCACCAGGCGCCAAUUUCUGGAUUCUCGGUUACAGUUUCGGAACAUUAUUAGCGCUCGAAUUGGCUGCUAAAUUGGAAAGCGAAGGCAACAAAGGCACCGUGUUCUGCUUAGACGGUGCCCCAGACUUUCUCUAUGCAAUUCUUACUAUGUCUAUCAGCUUCACAAACGAGUUCCAAUUACAAAAUAGUCUAAUCUGUCACACCAUAGAUAUUGUAGCGCCAAACAAUGAUGUCACUAAAUCUUUGAUGAUUAAACUCAACGAAAUAGAGUCCUUCGAUGAAAGAGUCACAUGCGCCGUCGACUCCUCUCCAGUUCAAAGCAAGUACUCAAAGAAAUUCAUCGGGGCGAUGGCGAUUAAUAGCCUCGACAGACUCAAGGUCGUCUUGAACUACGACACAAAAGAUAUCAAGAAACUCAAAUCUCCUAUAAUACUGCUGCGUCCGAAAGACAAUCCGCCCAAUGUUGUGGUAGAAGAGAACUAUGGCUUAGAUAAGUAUACUGAAGCAGGUGUGACUAUUCACUUCUUGGAAGGGAACCACGUCACAAUUGUUGAAAACAAGGAUGUAGCUAAUAUAAUAAACAGAACUCUUCUAGAAAACGAACCACAAAAAGUAAAGCCUACUGAGAAUAUUGUCACCGGCAUGGUAGAGAACCAGCGCCAUAUGGAAGUUUAG